UCUCUCUCCCUCUCUCUCUCUCUCUCUCGGCUUAGAAAGGAAGUCGAAACAACUCGUUUCAACAAAUUGGCCUAAAACCCAAUCUCCUUCGCUCUCGUAGAUCUUUGAUCGGAAGCUGAAACCUUCCAUGGCGAUUCCGACUCCGCUCUGACUCAGAUAACUCGCUUCUCACUCAGAGCAAUUGCGGUCACAGCGCCAGUUUGUUGAACCUCCAAUCCAAUAAGCCUUUUUUGGAACCUGGGCUUGGCCAAUUUGUGAUGGGUGAGGAGACUUCUGACGCGAUGAAUCUUGAUUUGAACCUGAGUCCUGGUCCUGAGCCGAUAUUAUCGAAUGAGCCUAUGAAUUUGGAUUCUUGGGUUGAUAACCCUAUCAAUAGGAUUAGGGAAGCUGUAAGGAUCGGGGCUUCCCGACGGUCGAGAUGGCGUCGGUUUCAGAUACCGCCCGACACUCAGAACUUAUCGAUGGAGUUGAAUCACUUGAUGGUCAAUUCCAGUACUGCAAGUACAUUGCAGGCAGGUGAGGGUAGUGUUGAUGCAGAAGUAAGAACAAAUGAGUUGCCCAAGACAUGCGAAAAUAACAAUGGGUUUUUGGAAGAAGAAGAUUCAGAGAAUAAGGAUGAGACUGACAAGGGUAACGGCAGUGAUGGAAGCUUUUUUGAUUGCAAUAUCUGUUUGGACUUGGCUAGGAACCCUGUUGUAACAUGCUGUGGUCAUUUGUUCUGUUGGCCGUGUCUUUAUCGAUGGUUGCAUCUGCAUUCAGAGGCCAAGGAAUGCCCUGUGUGCAAGGGAGAGGUAACUCUCAAGCAAGUGACCCCAAUUUAUGGUCGUGGGAGCCAUAAACGCGAGCCAGAAGAGGACUUGAGUCUUAAGAUCCCCAGUAGGCCACAUGCACGGCGAGUGGAGAGUUUGAGACAAACUAUUCAGAGAAAUGCGUUCAGUUUGCCAGUGGAAGAGAUGAUUCGGCGUCUUGGGAGUAGAUUUGAGUUACCCCGAGAUUUUCUUCAGUCACAGGAACCAGAGAGUGCUCGGGAAACAGCAGAAAGAACAAAUUCCUUGUUAAAUAGGAUCUUAACAGCCAGAGGAUUACGUAGAGAGCAAAAUCCAGUGGCACCUGCAGAUGAUGUUGUGGACUUGAACCAAACUAGUGUGGUUUCCGCUGAGGUGGGAGAUAGCCGGCGGAUUCAUUCCCUGUUACUUCGAAGAACACAAUCACCGAGAUCAGGGCUACCAUCUCUGUCAUCUGCACUUUUAGUUGAGGCAUUUCGGAGCCAGACUACUGGUAGGAACCAGGAGCAGCCUCCUCCAGUCGAUGAUAGAGAUUCUUUUUCCAGCAUUGCUGCUGUAAUAAAUUCGGAGUCUCAAAUAGACACUGCUGCAGAAAUUGAUUCAAUGGUGUCACUUUCCACUUCAUCUUCCAGAAGAAGAAGCGAUGCUUCGAGGGUUUCAGACGUGGAUACCGGUGAUUCUCGAGCACCAAGAAGGAGACGAUUAAACUGAAAAGCGUAUCUUUUAGCAAUGGUAAUUUGGACAUCUUUAUGUUUCCAAAGUCUUUUCUUUGUUCCUUUAUGUUGCUACUGUGGGAAAUUACUGUUUUUUGGAGACAAGCAUCAACUUCCAUGAGGUGAUUAUGGAGCUCUUAGAGCUUUCCGCUUUCAGUAUUUGGUUCAAAUAUGUCUCCGCUUUCUAGUGCCGUAUGCUUCCAAUUUAUCUACGAAAAUCGUUGUGUAAAACGACUAGGUUGGUUCAUCGGUUUUCACUGUACAUAAUCUCCUGAACUUCAUUUAUCUGAAGUACACUUAUAAUUUUCAAUGAGUUCCCUUUUUCCUUUAUCAUCUCAAUCUGGUGAUGGAAAAUUCUUAUUAA